AUGGCGGAAACUACCAAUUCCAACAAAACAAAGGUGGGGGAGCUCACAUUUUCAACAGAUGCAUCCUCUGCGAUUCAGAAAUCAUUACAACUACAAAAGCCACUAUUGAUGUUGAUCUGUGAGGAGAACGAAGUGUCGAACAAGUGGAUAGCAGCAAGGUUUGGCGUUGAAAAUACAAGAUUUGCGACAGAGUUUAGGGACAAGUUCAGCGAGAGUUAUGUUUUGCUCAAGAUAGCGAAAAACACACCGAACUUCAGUCUUUUGACACAGAUAUAUCCCCAAUUUGCGACGAUCCAGGUUCCAGCGGCAAUGAUUGUUUUCAAAGGGAAAAUCGUGGAGACACUUUCAAAUGAUCUAAGUGUGGAUCAGUUUAACGAUAAGGUGGGUAAACUGGGCGGUCAGUUUGGCAAGGAGGGAGUUUCUAAGGAAUCUGAGCAGAAGCAGGAGGCAGCGGCAGGUUCUAGACCAGGAGUUUUGAGUGAAAAAAAGCAGCCAGUUCACAAACGGAGAUAUUCAUCACUUAAGGAGGAAGGAGCGGAAAUUGCACGUGAGCAGUACCGGGCAAACAUGAUGAAGUUCCAAAAGGAGGAAGAGGAGGAGAAGGAGCGGAUAUUGCGGCUUGUGAGGAUGGAUAGGGAGCAGCAAAAACAUGAGGAGAGAAUUGAGAAGGGGGAAGAGCAGGAGAAACCUAUAAGAGAGAAUUUACACAAUGAGGAGCUGGAAAAAGAGCCAGACUACAUGUUACAAAUCAGGAUGCCGGACGGGAAGUCGUUCAGGCAGAGCUUUGGGCGGGAUGAGGAGCUUUUCAAGGUGAGAGAGGCUGUUUUGGAGCGGUAUCCGGAUUACAGAAAUACUACAUUCCACUUCUAUAAAAGCAUCGAGAGAGUGACGUACAGGGAUGAGGAUGAGCAGAAAAGCCUCACAGAGUUGAACCUCAACCGUUCGACGCUUUUCGUGAAGCCCGUUGAGGCAUUUGAGAGACGUCGAGGGGAGGGCAGUGCAAAUAUGCAAGGAGAGGUGGGUGGAGGUGUUGCUGGGACUUUUAACUGGUUGAAGGACACGAUUGGGUCAUAUAUAUGGGGUGACGGGCGGGCCGGAAGUCCGAUUAUCCGGCAUUCCGAGGCGGAAUAUCAUGACGAUGAGAGGGAAGAGAAGGAUGAGGACAAGCCGGCAAGGUUUGAUGGAGGAAAUGGCACUGAGGUGGAGGGACCAAGGAAGUGA